GUCACGGGGUCGGAACUGAGCUGUGUACCACUGCCCAAACACAUACGCACAACACGAAACAAGACAACAAGAAUAAAACACAAACCAAAGCAUGCAGAUGGAGACUCUGUGAAUAGUUUGAAGCUCAUCUCUGAGGUAUGGGGGCUGCUCCCAGCACUUCUAAUGCAGGAAAUGGAGGGAGCUGCCAAGACCAGCAACCAAUAAUUGAGAAUGAAGACAUUAAGAGGCGGAAUUCAAGCAGGAGAUGUAGCACAGGAGAGACUGUUCCCUGUCCGACCUGCCAGGGCACUGGACGUAUACGCAGAGGUCAGGAGAGCAAGCUGGUGGCUGUCAUCUCCUGUAAUGACCAGAGGCUGAAGCCUAGACACACGAAGUUAUAUGUUGCUGUGUCUGUUGGUGUGUGCCUGCUGGUCAGUGCCGUGGUGCUGUUCUUCCUCUUUCCUCGCGCUGUCCUGCUGUCUUCAGUAGCUGUCAAGUCAUCCUUUGUUUACUUCACCAAGAACAACGUCCUUAUUAACAUCACGCAUGUGUUGAACAUCACCAACAACAACUUUGCGACAGUGCAGACCUAUAAUCUGUCAGUGCAGGCCCUCAACUUUGACACGGUGGUGGGAACAGUGUCUAUUGAGAACGUCACCUCAGUCAAACCUCUGUCCACCACAACGUGUGACCUCUGGUUUCUUCUCACCUCACAGUAUUCGUUCAUGAUCCCCAUCCAGCUCUUAGACCCUGGUUUGAGUAACUACUGUAAGAAAGCUUCCCUGCCUGUCCACAUCCUGUAUCUGCAUCUGCAGAUGUCGAUGACAGUUUACUACUUGGCCCACUAUGAGCAGCUCUCCCUGGAGACGUAUGAGUACAUCGACUGUGGAGCAAACAGUACCAUACCACAUCAGGUGCAGGCCCCUCCACCCUGAUGGAUGGAAAACACGAACAAACACUGAUGACAUCCUGUUUUUUUCCAUGAACUCUGAUGCUAAAAUGUAUAUCGUACCAGGAUGUUGUUAGUGUUCAUCCUGGAUUGAAAAAGCAUGGAAUCUGAGCAAUGUUUCAGGUCUAGCCCUCUUUGGUUCACUUACAAUGAAGUCGGGUGCCCAAUUAGAACAAUCGGUAGUAGGCCGGUAUGAAAUUUGUUAAUCAUACUCUGGUGCGGAUUAAACAACCGCACUGAGACGUCGUGAAAAGAGGAUCUCAGUCCAUUUCCAGGCAGAGUCUGGUGUGGUCGUCUGUGUACUGAAUGCAAAUUGACCAAUCUCAGUAUGUUGUGGUUUUAGCAUGACUUAAAAAACUAUACUGAUAACGAAUCCAUCUGCUGUUUACAAAAUGUUUGGGAAGCAAAUGCUGCUUACACAGAUAAAAUGUUUACGUGAAUAAUUUGGUAAUAACACAUAUAUGUGUUAACCAUAGACUUCAAAUAAAUAUGGGUUACGUUAGCUCCCAAAAGUGAAGUCAAAUUAUCUGUAUUGUCCCUUGAUGGCUGGCUCCAGCGUAGGCCAAAACCCUGCCUGUUCAAGUGUUCAUGUUUUUGCUGAGUUUGGUUAUUUGAUGCUUUAUGAAUGGGGUGAAAUCUCACAAUUUACAGCUGAGAUUGACUUGUUAUCAGUCCUGUGUGUGUGUUGGCGAUUUAUACCAGCGCUCCACGCCACAAUCACAGCUGCAUGAACUCUGACUCUAACUCUGACUAAAAGAUGGCAUUACCAUUAAUGUUAUAAGUUAUUUUCUGAUGAGCUGCGUGACACCAGUGUAACACCAGAAAGCAAAUAGAAAGUAUUACAUUUUCCCAUGUAAGUUCUGAUGGUAUAACUUCAUAUUUACUUGUUUUCUCAGUUAAAAGCUACUUGUCUGUUGUUUAGUCCAAAGAGUGACCACUGUCUCCACUAAGCCCCCUAGCUUCGCAUAAAAUGACAGAAAGACACAUUAGUUUGUGUGGAGUCGACACAGGUUUAUUUCUUAUAGUGUCAGGACAUUAAACAAAAGCUUAUACUGAGCUUCUUUUCAGUCCGAUGAUCAGACAACAGCAGCAUUCCUCCUCUUCCUCACCACUGCUGGGCAUACUGCAACGACUGGAAGACAAAUGUGUUGAAUGUAUUAAUACUCAAAUGUGUUUUGUUUGUAUAGACCAGUUCUUUCCUAAGAAAAGUCUUCCUGUUAUAUAGAAAUGAACACAUAUGAACCUCAUCUUCAGAGAGGUGUUGAUACCUACUGAGUAUCUGUUGGGGACCUUUGCACUGUGAUGGACAGAUGUCUUCAGGUCGCCAUUACAGUGGGGACACCGGCUUUCAGCUUAAGAAAUACGAAUAGCAAGUUACAUGCUCAUAAUGUUGUAUAGCUUAUAUUCACAAAUCAAUGCAUAACUUCUUAGUACAUUAAAGAAUAUAUAUACACUUUGAA